AGGCUCCCCUGCCCGGGUCCUCGGGCUGUCAUUGGCGCUGACCCCGGGCUGGGGAGAGGAGAUGGCGCACGUUGGGCGGCUGGCGCGUCUGCUCGUUGCAGUGGAACGGAGUGGAGUGAGACACUGCUACACCAGCUCAAGACAAAACCUCUACAUAGACAAGACAACAAAGGUCAUCUGCCAGGGUUUUACAGGAAAGCAGGGAACAUUCCACAGCCAGCAGGCUUUGGAGUAUGGCACUAAUUUAGUAGGAGGUGUGUCACCAGGGAAAGGUGGUAAAAAACACUUGAAUUUGCCUGUCUUCAACACUGUUCAAGAGGCUAAAGAAAGUACAGGAGCCAAUGCAUCUGUUAUCUACGUCCCUCCUCCAUUUGCAGCUGCUGCCAUCCAUGAAGCAAUAGAUGCUGAGAUACCGCUGGUGGUUUGUAUCACAGAAGGUAUUCCACAGCAGGACAUGGUACGGGUGAAACAUAGGCUAUUGCGACAGAGUAAGACUCGCCUCAUUGGCCCCAACUGUCCAGGAGUAAUAAAUCCUGGAGAGUGUAAAAUUGGAAUCAUGCCUGGACAUAUCCAUAAGAAGGGAAGAAUUGGUAUUGUAUCAAGAUCUGGUACACUAACAUAUGAAGCUGUUCACCAGACCACGCAGGUUGACCUGGGCCAGUCUCUGUGUGUUGGAAUUGGUGGGGAUCCUUUCAACGGAACAGACUUCAUUGAUUGCCUCGAAGUCUUCCUGAAGGACCCUAAAACAGAAGGCAUCAUUUUAAUUGGAGAGAUUGGAGGCAAUGCUGAGGAGAAUGCAGCAGAAUUUUUGCAACAGCACAACAUGGGGCCCAAUGCUAAGCCAGUAGUGUCGUUCAUUGCUGGACUUACUGCACCCCCAGGCCGGAGAAUGGGUCAUGCUGGUGCCAUCAUUGCUGGAGGUAAAGGUGGAGCCAAAGAGAAGAUUGCUGCCCUUCAGCAUGCUGGUGUGGUGAUCAGCAUGUCUCCUGCCCAGCUGGGUAACACCAUACUAAAGGAGUUUGAGAAGAGGAAGUUGCUGUGAAUGUCCAACAGAGAAGUUUUUUUUUCAGAAAAGAAAAUGACCAGAAGCUUCCUAAACGGUUCCUUAUCUUGAUCAUCCAUUUAACCAUUCAUUCGGCUGGAUGCAAUGACUGGUCCUUAUUGAAUGAGAACAGAGCCAUAUACGUUAUGUUUUGUCUAUUUUGUCUGAAUGUGUACACUAGAUGAAACACACAAAAUAAAUAAUUUUCAAAAAUGAA